CACGUGGUGGCGGCGCGGCCCAUGUGACCGGCCCUCCCCGGCCGCCGCGGCUCAUCCCCCGCCCGGCCCGAGUCCCCGCCCGCUUCGCCCCCAGCGCAGCGCUCUCCUGCGUGGAGCAGCACCGCACCGCAGGCAGCCGCUGCCCCGGGACCCGGCGCCAUGGCUUCUGGAGUAACAGUGAAUGAUGAAGUCAUAAAGGUUUUUAAUGACAUGAAAGUAAGGAAAUCUUCAACCCCAGAAGAGAUUAAAAAAAGAAAGAAAGCCGUUCUCUUCUGCUUAAGUGAUGACAAAAAACAAAUAAUUGUAGAGGAGUCAAAGCAGAUAUUGGUUGGUGACAUUGGAGAUACCGUGGAGGACCCCUAUACAGCCUUUGUAAAGUUGCUACCUUUGAAUGAUUGCCGAUACGCUUUGUAUGAUGCCACAUAUGAGACAAAGGAAUCUAAGAAAGAAGACCUGGUAUUUAUAUUCUGGGCUCCUGAAAGUGCACCUUUAAAAAGCAAGAUGAUCUACGCAAGCUCUAAAGAUGCCAUUAAAAAGAAAUUUACAGGUAUUAAACAUGAGUGGCAAGUAAAUGGUUUGGAUGAUAUUAAGGACCGUUCAACGCUUGGAGAGAAAUUGGGAGGCAACGUGGUAGUUUCACUCGAAGGAAAACCCUUAUAAAAAGACAGACAAGUGCCAUCUGGAUCUAAGGAGCUUCCAUUUCUGCAGCUCGUUCAAUUGGAAUAGUAUUAGUCUCCCUGUCCCCUGCCCUCCUCAAAAAAUAAGUCCUUUCCCUAGUGCCCCUGAAGGAGAUGUCAUUGUUAAGCAGUCUACCAGUGAUUGCCAUUAGACUGUUUAAUCCUGGUAGUUUUUGGUAGGAUCCAAGGAAUGCUUUCACGUCAUACUCUUAGCCAAAACUGACGUGGCAGGCAUUCCUUGCAACGUGUACAAUGAAUGUGAUAGUUAAUGUGAAUAGUCCAGCAGACAGCAAAGGGUAAGCUAAUUGAAUGCCUUGAAAGUAUUGUCCACUGGUCGGAUGGUAGACUCUAUACAGUAUUACUUACAGUUGCACUUGAUUGCAGUUCCAUGAGGCUCUUGUGCAUUCAUACACCUCACCUGCCUUGACAAGCCUAUUUUUGUGACAUGGCAGCACACAACACUAUGCAUUUAAAGCACUUUUUUGUGAUAUGUUUGACCUGUCCCCCCCCGCCCCCCAAGGAAUGCCAAUUAAGUUGCUGUAACUGUGUCAUCAAAUCAUUGUAGUACCUCAGUUUCAUUCCUGUUACAUGCAUAUCUUUAUAAAUGAAGUAGCUGUUACGAUGCCUUUUGUUUUCCAGUGAAUGUACACUACUGAACAGGAGUAGAAGUUACCUGUUUACCAUGUGAGUCUUGAAACACUAAAGUUUUGUAAAACAUCAAUCAUGGUGGCAAUUUCUGUAUUAAAAAGAGCCUUAAAUGGAACGUUGUUUUUUUGAGAUCAAGAACUGGCCACGUUGCAAUAAAACGUGUGGCUUAUUACAGAAUGUUGCCUUGUUUUCAUUGGAAAAUAUAGUUUUUAAGUAUGUUUAAUUUAAGCAUAUUUCAGAUAACUUCUGUGGAAAGUAUUGUAAAGAUAAAUAAUCAUUAAUCUCAAAUAAUGCAGUUUUUUCAUUCCUAAUCAUGAUUUAGGCACUGCUUUACAAUACUUUGUGGCUCUGUUCUGAUCAUUCAAUAAAGGACCUGAUUCUAGUUUACCAUUGAAGAAGCUACCACUACUAAAGACCAUUAGUUCCAUGAAACACUUGUGUCAGAAACAUAUGAAGUGAUUAACCACGCAGUGUGUUUCGUACCUGAAUGUUCUUAAAGUUCUACAUGUCGGAGUUAAACCUUGCACAAAAUCUUACAGCUCACUGUCUUUUUUUUGCUAAGGUGAUGUGUAAUGACAAUUGUAUGCAGAAUAUGAAGCCGAUAAAUGAUUUUUGUUUCUUUGAGGGUUGCAGCGGAGGCGGGCUUGGUACAAGAAAUAGCCUAAAUUAACUGUUCUACUUGUUAGCUUCUAUGUAAAUAGAACUGGAAAGUGUUUGCCACUACUGAGGCUUGCAUUGGGGACAUGUUUUGGCUGGGAGCCAAAUAAUGCUCUCCUUAUAGAGAAUUUGAUCUGCUCUGUGUGAGCAAUCCUCCGUUAGCCAGAGCUAUUUAUGGCAAACACAUGCUUUUGUAUCUUGUCAUCGUUAUCCACAAAUGGCAAAACUGGACAUGAUUCUCCUGGUAUGCGUAAAGGAGCGCUGUUGGGCAGCCACUCGCAGCCGAGCUGUACAUGCUGCUAGAAGGAAUGCUCUUUAUCAUUACCUUAUUUUAAAAAGUGGGUAGAGUAGAACUAUGGAGCUUUUAAAUAUGGGCCCUUUAUGUUCAGUUCAUAGCCCUUUUUCAACAAGGAAACAGACAAUAAUAAAGUUAUUUUUCUUUUUUUCUUUUUUAAGAAGUAGUUUAAAUAACUUAGUGGUACUGUGUUUAGGCUCUCUUGUCCUGUAGAACUUUAAGACUUUGUUUCAGGCUUCUGGCUAUCCCUAUGACUUGCACACCUCAUUGUGUUAGCUGUUGUAUGUAGACUAAACUUUACUAGAAUUUAACUCAAAAGGCAUGAUGACCACUGACUUACUAAGUGUAUUAAUGAGUCUUGGUUUUGUUCUACAAAACUCUCCUUUCAGGUACCUUUUAAGUUUGAGAAGUAACUGAUGGUAUGCAUGUUGUCUAGAUAAAGGAAAAAAACCCUUUUUAUUCCUCAAAAUAGGCUAUUUCUGAUUAUUCACGUUGUGUGUAAAGCCCAGUUUAAUGUAAGGAUCUCCUUUGUGCUUUAUGUUUGACUUCAGUUCAGUACAGUAUAAUGAAAUUAUCUUUUAACUGAUUUUUCGCAAGGUAUAAACGUUUUCCUUAGAGAAAGCCAAAACUGAAAAUGUUAAAUUUUAAUAAACCAUUUGAAUUUCAUUUUAGACAGUAAACUUUUUUAAAGAGUACUGUGCUUAAAUUUAUUGUUUGUCUGUGCUGCAAACAGUCUGGAGAGAUGUCUGUGGCUUCUAAGUUGACUAUGAAAAGUUACUUUUUAUUUUUUUCUUGUUUUUAUUUUUUUUUCUUUUUUUAACUAGCUUAGAUGUGUAUUCACUCAGUCCAAGUAGAUAAAAAAUUGAAGCACAAACUGUAUUUAUGUAAGAUUCCUACCAAAACAAUUUUGGAUCCAAAAGGAUCAGCCUGCCCUCAGUUUGUUCUUGAAAUGACUGACUGAUGCGAGGUCCAAUUCAGAUGGCUUGCUUUUUUUUUUUUUUUUUUUUUUUUUAAAAUAACCAACAAUAAAGUGCUACAGAACUGUUACUGUUUGAAUUAUAAAACAAAUGAGAGACAGCUGGCAUCUGUUCCGAAACGGUUUGUCAGCUGUUGUUUUCUGUCAUUAUGCAAAAUGGUGAGGGCCUCAUUGUGAUCGAGAAGUGGAGGAAAAUCCUCUCGAGUUGAAUAUCUUCUGUGUAUCUCGGUGUAGACGUGACUUUUGGGUAUCGUGGCUUCAGUUAUUUUAUUGAUCAAGAAACAUAAAAUAAACUUUUCAUGAGAGUAGCUUGUGCAGAAACAGCAUUUUUCUUCUAAAAAUACUUUGAAACCAGCAGUUGUUUUGUUUGAUUUGGUAAAUCCUGGAAGAGGUACACACAUGAGGGCUUGAUUUCCCCAGAAAGGGAGAUCGGUCCAAGAUAAGGGUGAGAAAGUGAUGUUUAUGCUUGUGGCGAUUUUAGAAAUGCAAAGCUUAAAUAGGUACGGACUUGAGUGUAAAAAUCACUCCUAGUCAGAUUGUUAAACAGAGUUUGAGUAUGUUCAGUUAAAAUCCGAAGCGCUUCUCUAACCGGAAGAGUCUUUUUCUGCUGUACCAUUCCCUCAGAACAAGUGAUGAAAUACAGCAAUUGCCACAAUUUGAUAAUAAGCUUUACUCUCUUAUGCCAAUUCCAGUAUAAACCAAAUUUUCAUGUCUGCCUAUUUUUUACAAACUUCUGUAAGUUACCCCUUAGUUUGUGGUGGCGAGUUAAUGAUUGUAGAGUGAAAACACAGCACUAAUGGUGGAUGAAAGAUCAUCAAUGUAGCACCUGUCUAUUAAGUAUUGAAUUUCUUUGAAAUAUUUCUGAUUUUGAAAACCUGGUAUAAAUAAAAUUAAUUUAAAUGUC